AAAAAGUUUAAGCAUUGCACCAAAAUCUUGCAGUUCCUUUUCUUCCUAUUGCUUGUUGCCUUUCGAUCCUUUUCUUUUGUUUUUCCUUUUUUUCAUACCAAGAGAGAUAACAGAGUACUAUUCAUAAGACAUAUCAUAUAGUACUGUUUUUUGUCUAUUGGCUCAAAUGGGUAUAACAGAAGUAUGUUCCAGAUUCAUUGGGGACUUUUUUAAAACACUCAAAAGCUCACCACCAAGCUCAAUCUCUCACCUUGAUCAACCUACUUGCAAGGCCCAGGAUAUGAUCAAACUUGAUGAAAAGAUGGUCCGUGCUCUUGUCACUGUGUUUGGCAUGGAAAACAAUGGCAGAAUCAAGAAGGAAAAUGCUCGGAAAGUGGUUGAAAAGCUUGGUUUAAUGUAUGGUAAUUCUGAGGAGGAUAAGAAUAAGGUCUCAGAAUUUGAGCUACCUUGUGAGGGUGGUUUCCAUGAUGAUGAAGUGCCUGUGGAAGAGGUUCUUGGUGAGUUAGAGGACAUGUCGAAGCGCAGCGAGUUGCUGCGCGAAGCCUUCAAAAUCUUUGAUGAGGAUGGUGAUGGAUACAUUGAUGCCUUGGAGCUGAAGAGGGUGCUUGAUUGCUUGGGAUUGGACAAAGGUUGGGAUAUGAACACAAUUGAAAGCAUGGUGAAGGUUGUGGAUUUGAACUUUGAUGGCAAGGUUGAUUUUACUGAGUUUGAAUUGAUGAUGGGAUCGUAGCAAUUUCUUCAUUGAUUUUAGGAGUAAUUGAGAAGCUGCUAAUUGUAUAUUCAUUGUUUCCAGCAUUCUAUGUUAUCAAAUAUGAAGGUUGUUUUUUUUUGCA